AUGUUAGUUCAUCAGUUAUCAUCAGUGCUACCUGAUGAUAGACCCAUCACAGCCAUAAGUGUUGUUGAAGAUAUAGAUAAGUGUCCACCAAAUUUUACAGUGGUAUCAAGAACAUAUGACCAAGAUACUGAUGCUGAUUUAUGGAGAGAAAGUGGGCUUUUUAUUAAAAAAAAAGGCAGAUAUAUAUGUUUUUCAAAGACUGAAGGUUUACCUCGGUGCGUUGUUGAAGAUAUAGCAGUCAUUAAUGAACGAGAUACUCCUCCAGAAGGAUACAGCAUAAUUUCUUAUACUGUAGAUUCAAUGCAGAAAGCAUGGAGAAAGAAACAGGUGUGCUAUAAAAUUAGAAAUAAAGAAUUAUGCUCAAAAGCAGUUACUGAUAUUAUCAUAUGUAGUAGACUUAUACAUAAAGUUUAUAAUACAUCCAAAAUGGCACCAAACGGAUUUAUUGCUGCUGGUAUUGUCAAUGGAGUUUGUGUUUGCUAUAAAACUGUGGAUAUUGUAAAUGAAAAUUCAAAUUCACAAUCAUAUGUUAAUUUAGACUUACUUCAAAGUGUUUCUCCAAAUUCAUCAAAUGGAACGUCCCAUAGAAUACCUCCUGAAAGACCACCAAAACCGACAAAUGGAGUUUAUCCACAAAUUAGUGGAAGUGGAGGAAAGGAUAUAGAAGAAUCUGAUGAUAGAGAUUAUGAAAUUCUGAAUCCUAAUGCAAGAAUUAGACCAACUAGACCUGCUCCACAACCUCCUACGUCAAUAGUUACUGGAUCUACAUCAAUUUAUGGUACACUGCCAGGAUCUUCUGAUUUAGAUGGAGUUCCAUUUAUUUUAAAUUCACGUCUUAGUGUUCAUUCUGAUUCUUCUACUAAUAAACUUCCUGUAAUUAAAAUUUGGACUCAAGAAAAUUUGGAUAAAGAGUUUUUUUAUGACUUUCGUGCAGAGAGAGAAACUUGAAGAAACCACUGUGCCAAAUUAAUUGUGUGAUUCUUCAUGCAAUUUUUCAGCUAUGUCUAUACAUUUGUAUUGAUAAUGUAGCACUAGCCAAGCGUAAUAGAGUGCCUGAACGAAUGAUUCAUACUAAUCUGUGAAAAUGGAAUCCUUUUAAAACAUUUACUGAAAUGUUUGAAUUUAAAUAUUGUCCAUUUUCCGAAGUACUUUUUUCUUCCAUAUUCUAUUUAGAUUUUGAUACCAGUGACAGUUAGCGUUGUAUUUUUAUAGAGUUGCGUUGUAUUUUUAUAGGUAGUAGAAAUUAUAUAUAAUUGUAUCAUAUGUUCUAGUUGUUUAUAAAUCGUCAUAAAAUACUUAAUAUUAUAAUGGUGUAUUUCUAUUUCUUAAUCAAACAUAAAAAUCUUUCAAUAAAGUUAUUUUUAAUUUUAUUUCCAA